UACCGGUGGCACUGACAGUGUUGUGUCGUCGUAGGUAACAUACACACACUCUCUAUGACAGUUCAGGCUUGCAGUUGAUACGGAUACCACCCCAUCUCCAACAGGUGACAAUGGAGACGGACAGUACUCCUGGAGUUAGCGGGGCAGGAAAACAAACAUUAGCAGAGCUUUUGGAGACAGAUUUCCUGAAAUGUCCUGGCUGUUCUAACCAGUUCACAUGCCCCCUCCUGCUUCCCUGCCUCCACAGCCUGUGUGAGGAGUGUGUUGAGGGACUCAGGUCCUCACAACCAGACAACACUGACCAGGACCUCCAAACCCAGACUUGUGGUUCCAAGGACACUUCCACACAGAAAUCCCAUCCCCAGGACAGUUCUAUAAGGACAACCCAUCCAGGAACCAAACCCACAAUCACACAGAACAUUCCUUCCAAGGACAAGUCAAGUGUUUCACAGACCCUAGAUGCUGUUGAGGGAACUACUACAGAAGUGAAAGACUCUGAAUCAGGACAAAUGUUUCUUUGUCCAAUAUGUGCAUCACGUAUAGAACCACAAAACUUCCCAGUCAACAAUUUCCUCCAGCAUCUGGUGGAGCUUUACAUGUACAAACAUGGUCCCACACCCCAGUGUGAUUACUGUGCUUUCGCUGGCAAAUCGUGUGCCGCGACAGCACUUUGUCUUGACUGUCAGGACCAUAUCUGUGACAGCUGUAGUGAUGCUCAUCGCCGUACCAAGGUCACACGCAGUCACCAGGUGGCACCAUACAAACAGAUCAAAUUAGGAAUGUAUGACCAUGACAUCCGCGGUCACCAAUCACCGCUUUGCAAGCACCAUGCACAGGAGCGUGUGACACUUUUUUGUGAUAAGUGUGAGGAAGCUGUGUGUGGUCAGUGUAUAUCGUCAGGUCAUCAGGGUCAUAGCACAUGCUCAGUAGAGAUGGCUGUGCCACGGUAUAGACUGGCGAUGCAGUCGAUGCUGGGAGGACUGACCAAACAAAUUCCAUCUAUCACAAAGUACCGUACAUUUCUCACCACUCUCAAUUCAUCUGUAGAGGAGGCAAGGCUCAAACUCUUCUCUGACUUGGAAAACCAGGCAAACACCCUGCACACCAUGAUCGAUGAUCACAAGAACCAGACUAUGGAUCAUGUUGCAUCUGAGUGUGCCAAAGAGAUACGUGUGUUGGAGGAGAAAACAUUCGGUAUGGAACGGGCGCAACACUCUCUAGGUGAUAAUGCCCAGUACCUUGAGCGCCUCCUGGCUCAUGGUCAGGGGGGAGAACUCCUGUCACUCCACCACCUGGUCACAAAUCGCCUUACACAGCUUACACAUCUACAGCUGGACGGCAUUAACAGUAAACUCCGACUUAACUUUGCCCCAACAUGUCCGACCAAGGCGGCAGUGUCCGCCAUGUUUGGUAGCCUCUCUCUGGGACAUGUGCCUCUAGCAAAUGAUGAAGCUGUCUCCAUGACGACAAGUCUUGCAUCCACACUGCUGCCAACAGUGAGAAACACACCCAAGACCACUCUUUCCUUCUCGGCCAAAUGUAGUGAAGAUGUAAAGGAUGUUUGGCCAACAGGGGUGGCCAUCACAAAAGAGGAUGACAUUAUCAUAGCCGACCGUGACAACCGGAACAUUAAAAUGUUCAGCAGCAAUGGGGAGAGGAAACUUGUGUUUUGUGGAGAGGGUGAGGGGAAGUUAGGGACACCAUUUGAUUUAACUGUGUUAAUGGACUCAAAUAUUGCAGUGACAGAUCGUGAAUGUGAGGAUGUCAAGGUAUUCACUCCGACCGGCAAACACGUCUUCUCAAUCAAAGGACACUUCCGCAACCCACGCGGCAUCACAACUAACAGACAGGGGCAUAUUAUAGUGGUGGACUGUCAGAGACUUCAACUCACUGUACACGACCCAAAAGAUGGCCGUCUUCUCAACACCAUCACCGCCCGCAACAAGGAUGGCACAAAUGCACUUGUUGACCCCUUCUACGUGUCUGUCAGCAGUCUAGGAAAUAUCUUAGUUACAGACACUGCAGCGCCAAACAUUAAAGUAUUCUCCCCCCAGGGGGAGUACCUGUCCCAGCAGGGGACGUAUGGUACUCGUGACAACCAGACACUGCAGCCAUACGGUGUGUGUUGCGACAGGUAUGGGUAUCUGUUUGUGGCCGACAAUAAUAAUGACAGAGUCCUUCUCCUGAAACCAGACGGUCAGUUUCAGCGUCCACUUCUGACUCAGACCCAUGGUAUGUGGCAUCCAAUGGCACUGACCACCACUAAUGACACAUUGGUGGUCACUGAGGCACUCGGAGAGGUCAAGGCCUAUAAAUAUGUGUGACAGACAAUGGUAAUUGUGUCAAUAUUACUGAUGGACCAGUUCAUUCCAUUGGUUUGAUAGUUAUAAAUGUCAAAUUUACUGCUAAUACAAUAAUAAAAUUAAAGCAAUAUUUCCAGUAAUAAAUAAUAAU